AUAUGAUAAGUGAGAAUAACAAACCUUUACCGGAAACUAAGGUAAAUACUCCGGUUUAUGACCGAGCAUAUUUUCGCAACAAGACAUUAGAUGAGUAUCCUAAUUUAUAUAGAGAAUUUAGUAGUGAAAAUUUCGAUUAUUAUGGCAUUACUGACGAGACAUUAUGCGGGGUCUCGAGAGAGACUAUCUGCCCAUUAUGCAAAUUAGGUCAUGAUGAUGAAGAAAUAGAAGCUGUGAUAGUGUCGGCAAAACCUCAAGCCCCCGAUUUCAAGCCUAUCACUUUUGAAGCCAGACCCGAUCCAGAAUUAAUUAUCAAAUCCGUCUUAGAGCACUUCCCAUACUUGAAGUUCCGAAAUAGUUUUAGAGGAAAUGAUAAUUAUAAUUUUGCAUCACCUCAGCCGUGGAGCUCACCAUGCCCUAUUUGCAAUGGAAAACAUGGGAAUUAUGGAUUACAUGGCGAAUGGUACCGCGAAAAUGAGAAUCAGCUCCCUUAUGAUCCCGAAUUAGCGAAGUUGUAUUCCCAAGAUAAGUUGGAAUAUUGUCUUACCUGCAACACUUCAA